AGAUAUUUUGAAUACCCUUAAAAGUUAGUGCUGUUAUCCGUGAAUGUUUGGUGGUUAAUAACGCUAAUGGAUCUCUCCACACUUUCACCAUUUUCUCAUUCCUCUAAUCUUCUUCCACCAAAGAACGCUGGAUCCAGGAGAGGAACAGGAUCAGCGUUUAAACAAACCGCAAAUCGCCGUCGCGCAGCUCGCAUACACUGCCAGAAGAUGUAUGUGCCCGGAUUUGGAGAAGCAUCGCCGGAGGCAAAGGCGGCGAAGAACCUCCACAACUUCUUCACUUACGUCGCGGUUAGGAUUGUCCAGGCACAACUUGAGAGCUAUAAUCCUGAGGCAAAUGUUGACCUGAAACAGUUUCUUGAAAAUCAUUCAAUUAAUGACGGCGACAAGUUUUGUGCAGAAUUGAUGAGAGAGUCACCACAUCAUAAAACCCUAGCUCUGCGCGUAAUGGAGGUUAGAUCUGCGUAUUGCAAGAAUGAUUUUGAGUGGGACAACUUACAGCGGCUAGCUAGUGAGAUGGUUACAGAAUCAAACACAAAACUGAUGAUGGACUAUGUUGUGGAGACCAGCCAUGUCGAAAAGGAUAAAAAAUGAUUGAAUUAGAGAAACCUGGUGAUGUGUUAAUAUUAGGGUUAUACUAAAUCAUGAUUAUGUUGUCAAAUGAUAUUUUGGUUGGUAGGUGAUUGUAAUUCAGAUUUCAGCAGCAGCAGCCAUCAAAAUGGGAUCAAUUCUGUAAUGACAUUCAGGCAGCUAUCAACUGAUAUUACACUGUUUUUCUAUAUUUAUGAUUUGAAUUCUUAUAUAUACUUUUUCUUUCAAAUAUUAACAGUUUACUAAGGAUCAUUUUUAAAUGAA